GGGAGGGCGGCGGCGGCGGCGGUGGCGGCAGCUAGAGGAGAAUGGCCGCGGGGGCUAGCGCCGGUGCGGACGGCGGCGCCGGGGGCGGCGGCGGCGGAGGCGACGGUCCCAGCAGCAGCCGCGGCGGGAGGAGCCUCCGAGAAAUGGACGAAAAGAGGCUGCUGGAUCCAGGGUUGAAGGUUUGUGAAGGCCUGUGGGAUUACACUCUGAAGAACCAGCAGAUGGAAUGCCGGAGUGACUGAAGAAAAUGGGUGCUAAUGCAUCUACCUAUCCUCAUUCAUGUUCCCCAAGGGUAGGGGGAAAUUCACAGGCCCAGCAGACUUUCAUAGGAACAUCAUCCUAUUCUCAGCAAGGCUAUGGUUGUGAGUCAAAGUUGUACAGCCUUGACCAUGGCCAUGAGAAACCACAAGACAAAAAAAAGAGAACCUCUGGCCUUGCCACCCUCAAAAAGAAGUUUAUUAAACGCCGAAAAUCAAAUAGGUCAGCUGAUCACGCCAAGCAAAUGCGAGAGCUCCUCUCUGGAUGGGAUGUUAGAGACGUCAAUGCACUAGUGGAAGAGUACGAGGGAACGUCAGCCUUAAAGGAGCUUUCUCUGCAAGCCAGUUUGGCCAGACCCGAAGCCCGGACACUGCAGAAGGAUAUGGCUGACCUUUAUGAGUUUAAGUACUGUACUGACGUGGACUUAAUAUUUCAAGAAACUUGUUUUCCUGUUCAUCGUGCCAUUUUGGCAGCAAGGUGUCCAUUUUUUAAAACACUGCUUUCUUCUUCACCUGAGUAUGGGGCAGAGAUAGUAAUGGACAUCAGUACAGCUGGUAUUGAUAUGCCCAUGUUCUCUGCCUUGUUACACUACCUUUAUACAGGAGAGUUUGGAAUGGAGGACUCGAGGUUUCAGAAUGUUGAUAUUCUUGUUCAGCUCAGUGAAGAGUUUGGAACACCAAAUUCCCUUGAUGUAGAUAUGCGUGGACUCUUUGAUUACAUGUGUUAUUAUGAUGUUGUCCUUAGUUUUUCUUCAGAUUCUGAACUAGUUGAAGCUUUUGGUGGAAAUCAGAGCUGUCUAGAUGAAGAGCUCAAAGCCCACAAGGCUAUUAUUUCUGCACGGUCCCCAUUUUUCCGAAAUUUAUUACAAAGGAGAAUACGGACUGGUGAAGAAAUCACAGACCGAACUUUGAGAACUCCCACAAGGAUUAUAUUAGAUGAGUCCAUUAUACCAAAAAAAUAUGCAAAAGUGAUAUUACACUGUAUGUAUACUGAUGUGGUGGAUCUCUCUGUUUUGCACUGUAGCCCCUCUGUGGGGAGCCUCAGUGAAGUUCAGGCUCUCGUCGCAGGGAAGCCAAACAUGACCAGGGCAGAAGAAGCCAUGGAACUUUACCACAUAGCACUGUUCUUGGAAUUUAACAUGCUUGCACAAGGCUGUGAGGAUAUCAUUGCUGAGAGCAUCUCAUUAGAUACCUUAAUUGCCAUCCUCAAGUGGAGCUCGCAUCCAUAUGGCUCUAAGUGGGUGCACAGGCAAGCUUUGCAUUUCCUUUGUGAGGAAUUAUCCCAGGUCAUGACUUCGGAUGUUUUUUAUGAACUCAGCAAAGACCAUCUGCUUACUGCUAUCCAGUCUGACUACCUACAGGCAAGUGAACAGGAUAUCCUUAAGUAUCUGAUUAAGUGGGGUGAGCAUCAGCUGAUGAAGAGAAUAGCAGACAGAGAGCCAAACUUACUGAGUGGCACUGCACAUAGUGUGAACAAGAGAGGUGUGAAAAGAAGAGACCUGGACAUAGAAGAACUUAGAGAGAUCCUUUCUCCUCUCUUACCUUUUGUGCGAAUUGAACACAUCUUACCUAUAAACAGCGAGGUCUUAAGUGAUGCUAUGAAAAGAGGCUUGAUCAGUACACCCCCAUCAGAUAUGCUUCCUACAACAGAAGGAGGAAAGUCAAAUGCUUGGCUACGGCAAAAAAAUGCUGGCAUAUAUGUUCGUCCACGACUGUUUUCUCCCUAUGUGGAAGAAGCAAAGUCAGUACUGGACGAGAUGAUGGUGGAACAGACAGACCUGGUGCGACUACGAAUGGUUCGAAUGUCCAACGUCCCAGACACACUGUACAUGGUCAGCAGUGCUGUGCCCCAGUGCUGCCACAUGAUCAGCCACCAGCAGAUUAGCAGCAACCAGUCAAGCCCUCCAUCAGUUGUAGCCAAUGAAAUUCCAGUUCCUCGUCUCCUCAUUAUGAAAGAAAUGGUGAGGCGCCUGCAGGAACUGCGGCACACGGAGCAGGUGCAGAGAGCCUAUGCACUGAACUGUGGGGAAGGUGCCACUGUCAGCUACGAAAUCCAGAUCCGAGUGCUGAGAGAGUUCGGUCUUGCAGAUGCUGCUGCAGAGCUCCUGCAGAAUCCUCACAAGUUCUUUCCUGAAGAACGCUUUGGGGAUGAAAGUCCACUCUUGACAAUGAGACAGCCUGGGAGAUGUCGUGUCAACAGUACCCCUACUGCAGAAACCAUGUUUACAGACCUGGACUCUUUUGUGGCCUUCCAUCCACCUUUGCCCCCUCCUCCUCCUCCAUACCAUCCUCCAGCUACCCCAAUCCACAACCAGCUCAAGGCAGGCUGGAAACAAAGGCCUCCCAGUCAUCACCCUUCCCGUUCAUUUUCUUACCCCUGUAAUCAUUCACUGUUUCACACCAGAACAGCUCCUAAACCUGGCCCUCCUCCAAUCUAUUUACCAGGUGUUAAAGUAGCACCUCCCGAUUGUACCAACACCACAGGCCUGGGGAGACAGACGGUUGCUGCUGCAGCUGCUGCCGCCUCAGCAGCAAUAAUGUCUGAGAAGCAAGUGUGUACACAGCCUGUGCUGAAUGAUCUGAUGCCAGAUAUUGCCAUGGGAGUGUCUACAUUGUCACUCAAGGACAGGAGGCUCCCAGAGCUUGCUGCAGACACAGAAUUACGCCAGCCAGUUUCUGAAGCGGGACCAGGGCCUCCGCAGCAUCUCUCUUGUAUUCCACAGAGACAUACACACACUUCUCGGAAAAAACACACACUAGAGCUAAAACCAGAUGGUAGAGAAAAUCAGCAGGAAUACCCAGAUCUGUAUGACUUCUCGAAUGCUGCUUGCAGACCUUCCACUCCUGUUCCUGGCAGACGCACUCCUUCCCCUUCACAUGGUAGAUAUUUUGGUCCAGACUUGUACAGCCACAAUAAGGCAUCACCAAAUGGCUUAAAGUCAGCUUACCUACCUGGUCAGACCUCUCCUAAAAAACAGGACGAUGCUAGGAGAGAAUAUCCACUCUCUCCUGACGGGCAUCUACACAAGCAGAAGAAUGAGCCAAUACGCCUGGAUGUUGUUGAGCAGCCUCCCCAGAGGUCAGACUUUCCUUCGGCAGCCUCAGAAAAUGCUGGUAAUGGUCCAGCCCAUGUCAGGGCACGAACUGCAGUAGAAACUGACUUGACUUUUGGGCUAACACCUAACAGACCUCCUUCCCAUUCUGCAUGUAGCACCGAAGCUCUGGAAGAACGAUCCAGUAGAAGACUGACAGACAGUGAGUCCCUGGGCCACGGAGCUCAGAGGAACACAGAUCUGGAAAGGGACGAUUCCAUUAGCAGAGGAAGGAGGUCGCCGAGCAAGCCAGACUUCCUCUACAAAAAGUCUGCCCUCUGAGAGCAGCUUCCAAGUCUGUGCCUGCAGUGGGAGACAUCCUGUCUUAUGAUGUGACCCAACAACUUACUGACCGCUUUAUUGAUGCCAGCUCCGCUUCACAUUUCAUCCUAGCUUUUGUGUGUAUAUAUGUUUAUUAUACAUGGCAUGCUAAGAGGGUUGUUUUGAAUGCUGCAUCUGUCUUUCGUGUUUAACAGUUGUGUGGGGAACAUCUUAAAGAGCAAGCAAGCUGGCACUUUCUCUUCUUUACAAAUAACUAACUUUUUGCACUUGUACAUUUUAUUUGUAUUGAUUUUAUAACUGUGUUAAACUUUAUUGCUGCAUUUAAAGGACUGUAUUUUCAUACUUUUUUGCAUUUUACCUAUCAUCUACCAGUUUCCAUGUGCAUUGGGUUGCACACUAAGAUGUAUUUUCUUACAAAAUAGUUGUGUUUAUUUUUUAAUUAUAGAAAUUCCAAAGAACAGCACAUCAAACGCUCCUCUUUUUCUGUGAUUGUUUCAGUUCAGAAAUCUUCCUGCUCAGUCUCCAUAAAUCUGAUGUCAUCCUUUUUUGUACGUCUUGAAAGCCAGUCUUCAUUCCCCACAGCAGGAGUCCAAGCCAGGUCUUGAUGUUUUUUUAAUUCAGUGAAGAACAGGAAGAAGGAAAGCCUUGGUGUCCAGCCUGCAGCUGCUAUGUAAUUAUAGUGUGCACAUUAUCAGGACCCCUGUAGAUUCUGGAGUAGAAUUACUCACUAACUCACUCCAAAAAGGUCUAAGGAAAUUGGACCUUAAUAUUAGAAAUGAGUUGAGCUGGGCUUGGGUAUGGAUGUGCACACCUGUAAUAAUCCCACACUUAAGAGGUAAAGACAGCAGAUGAGAAGUUCAAGGUCAUCUUACACUACAUAGUGUGAGGUCAAGACUAGGCUGGUUUAUGUGAGCCCCUGCCUCAAAAAAACAACAAAGAACAGUAGUAGCAGUGGUGAUAUCACACACAGGGCACACUGAUGGAUGUCUGGCUCUGCAUGUGAUUCACUGUGCUGGGGGAAAUGACUGCCUUCGGUUGUCUCGCAUUUUGUGGGAAAAAAAACAAAGGGCUUCAGUCUUAAAUAUUCAAUCUUAUGUAUGUCAUUUGGUAUUUGUAAGCAUACAUUUUUCUUAAUGUUUUCAAAGUAUGGAUUUUGGUGUCUUACACAAAGUUAUAUGAUGCAUAGUGCUUUACCACCAAAAAAAAAAUUAUUUUGUUUGCAGUAAAACACUACAUGUCCUACUUGAACUCCACCAGAGAUGCUGGUUUGGCAUAUACUCAAUCACCGAGCACAUGGGCUCUUUCAUGAUCCUUUCCCUCGGAAGGGCGAUGUGUGAGCUAAGGACUGUUUUUGUUUGGUUUUUGGCUUUUAGGUUUUUCUUUUUUUCUUACUCUCUAAUGUAAAUAUAUUAGUAUGUAAGUUUUCAAAUCACUUCGGCAUCAUUUGAACAUUCAUUUUGUAUUUUUAUAAACACAGCCGUAGCACCUAGAAGAGAAGAGACUUCCUGAACAUUCUGUGUGGAAAAGGUAUUUGGGAGCCUCUUUUCUAUGUGUGUACAUAUAACUAGGAAUCAACUCACACUCACUCUAAAACUAUGCAGGGCUAGGGAGCCUUCACAAGCUACCAUAGAAGUGAAUUACACGCACUUUGAAGUACAUAGGUUUCUAUUGGGUAUCAGCAACUCAGAUUCCUCCUCAAACUGUAGUUUCUCUUACGGUCUUUUCCUGCUUUACCCUGUGGAUAUACACUCAGGGACGAUCUGACAUUUAAACAAUCCUAACAGUAGAUAAUCUCAUAGAUGGGUUCUUGCCCAUCUCUGUAUGCCCGGCAGUUGCUGCCACUUGAUCUGUUGCCUGACUAGUUAGCUGCUGCUCCUGCAUCCGCUGACUGUGGCCAAUCCUGGGGACCUGCAUCCUGAGCUUGGAGGCUUGCACAGGGCAGGCAUAUCUGCUAUAAGGUGGGGUCACAUCACCCUUCUCAAGGUAGAAAACUGCGGGACUCUGCUCAUCUUUAAGAGUUGUAUCUUUUGAAGCACAGUCUGGGGUCCCAGAAGCAAAACCAAUUCCAUUCUGUUCCUACCUGUUUCUGGGACCUGUUCGCAGGUUGUGGUUUGUGAUUGUUCUAGAUCAGACUGUAUUGUACAGGUGCUGCAGAGAAGCAAGUGCUCCUCAUGCUUCCUCACUUCCUCUGACCACUUUUCAUUUUUCUGAAAAUUCAUUAAAUGUGCUCUCCUAUCCACAAGAUGUAAUUAUAAAAGUUAGUGGACACUGUUCAUAGCACUAUUUAAUUUAUAAUGUUUGUUUUUAGUGAUUCAGUAGCUUACCUGUCCAAAUUCUGUGUAUAGAGGGAAAUCUUGCUUUAAUCUGUGGGAUUGUGAACUGGUGUGAUUUACAGGAGAUAAACAGAUGUGCUUUUGUGUGUGAUAGGAUAGGUGUUAGUGGGAAGUUAGACUCUGUGCCUCUGGCUGUGAACCAUCUAUGAAAUUUUUUAAUGCUGUACUUACAAAUGUGAAGUGUGAGUAGGGUUGGUCUCAGAAGAGAAGUUAUUUAUGUGUAACAUAAGACUUGGGCCACAGAAACUGGCAUUUUUCUUAGUAUAGAAAUUAGUAAGAACCAAAUCACAAAAAACCCAGAUCUCCUUUUGAGGCCAGGGACAAUCAGGCCGUUUGGACAAUCGCCAUUCCAGUCCUGCUGAGUGCUGAGGCUGGAGAACCACUGCUUAGGUUCUCACGAUGCUGUUGAUCCUUUUCUUGUGUUUUUGUUUUAGUUUUGUAAUUUUGAAAAAUAAAUUUAAAGUCGCCUGUGGCUUGUAAGGACGAAAAAAAAUCAUUCAAAACAUAGAUAGAUCCUUAAAUUUCCAUGUGCCACCAUCUCCCUUUUACAUUCCUCUGUUGGCUUUAUUUCUGAGUGCAGUCCCUAGGCCUGGGCUAGCCUAGCAUUUCAUUAACCUGUUGGGCUUUUAGGGCUUGUUGUGCUAAAUGAUACUUGUCUUCUGUACCUCUUAUAUAGCUAAACCGAAUUCUUGGUUUUGCUUCCUUAUUGGCUGUUCUUUUCGGUUUUAAUAUCGGUCAUCUUUUACUGCAUUUUCUUUCAUUACUUGUUGGAGCACCAGCAAUGGGUGCAACCCUUGUACAUUUGAAUGAAGCUGAUGCUACAGAAUGUAACAGGAGCUGGGGAAUGCCAUGUGGCGCCAGCUGGGUGAAGCUGACCUCAGGCGCUUUCUCUGGAGUUGAAGGAUCAACAUUCCCUGUGUCUACAACAAAGGAGAUAUGUCCUCAUAAUACUGAACUUGCCUUUUAAGGGAAAUGCAUUUCUUGAAAUCUGCAUAAGACCAUUGUUCUGCAACGAUAAGGCAUUUACAUGUCUCUUAGGGCUGAGUUAAGCCCUUUGUAAUCAAUAGACUAUUAAUGCCACAGAGAUGGGUGCUAUUCCCGGGUCUGCAGUGGUUCACAGUGUCUACCAUGUAGUUCCUUUGAAGCCUCCUUCAGAUAAUCUUGCUAAGAGCUAUUCUGCACGCCCUAGAGGUGUUUUACUGUCUUCUAUCAACACUGCUGCGAACAGUGCUCUGUGAAGUGUAAGUUAUUUUGUUCCAUCUGUUGUACUAGUUGUCAUGUGGUUAUUGUCUGGGCAAGUCCUUUGAUUUUGUUUUUCCUAAAAAAAUAUAUCCAUGACUGUACCAAUCUUCCGUAUUCAGAAUAUUAUAAUGCUGCGGCCACUUCUAUAGAACGACUGUUUGCAAGUUUGUGUCUUAGAAAUAUCUUCUAAUAUCUUGUGUUCAUGUGAGCUCUGAGAUAAGAUAUGCUCUGGAACAGUCCUCGGGUGUGCCUGCACAUGACUGUCUGGGUUAUCUGAGCAGGCCCCAGGAAAUUCUGCUCGUAGAGGAGGCGGCUGCAAACCCGAGGUUCCUGAGCUCCCUUUGCUGUGUCUGUGCCACAUCUGGCCUCUACCACCGCGUUUCUUGUGGUUGUGCUGUUAGUGGUAAAGUCAAGUGCCUUCAAUGCUAAAGGCUCAGAAAUCUUUCUUAAACUGAUUUCAUGUCCUAUGCAAGUGUUUUCUACAGCCUGCAUAACCAGUACUUUGUAAAACUUGUUUACGCUUCAAUUGUACAUAGUGUUUUUUAAAGAAAUAUAUAGUAUUUUUAUUUAGGUACCUCCAAACUUGAACUCGUCUGUGUGAAACAUUGUAAACGAUACAUUUCUCUUUUGAGUACCAUCACAGUUGUACAGAGGUUUUCACUGGUUCUAUUUUUCUACUGUUACUGAUAAGCAUGUAACACUGACUUUAUCCUACAUAUAGUUGGCAUUUCAAAUAAAUGGCUUGUAUAGAA